AUGAUAGCUUUGUUAGGUACCCUAUGGGCCUUCUUAAGUAUAGUGAGAGCUUUCAAUGCUGAAGAGCAACAAACUUUCAAUCAUGCCAAGUCUUUCGAAGAAUAUACCAAUCAAUCUUUGCUAUGGGCGCCAUACCGUUCAAAUAGCUAUUUUGGUAUUAGACCAAGAAACAUAGAUAAUACGCCAUUUAUAUUUGGGUUGAUGUGGUUUGAAUCUACAAAAUUGGAUAGUUUGACCAGAUUGAGACAUUAUGCAAAUAUUGACGAUCAUUUAGAGAAAUUUAGUUGGGAGGUUUAUGAUCCAAGACUUGGCGGUAUGCAGACAAUAAUUGAUACAGAAAACAAUGUUAAUUUAACAAUCUACUUUACAAAAAGUCACGACGGUAAGAAUUGGGUCGCUAGAGUUCAUGGUGAAGCUAUCGAUGAAACUUUACCUUCUGCGUCAUCUGUCGUUUUAUAUAUGAAUCAGAACGUUGGAGCUGACGUUAACAGUAUCUCAAGAUUAGAUGAAAUGCCUUCUACUGAUCUUAAUAAGCUUGAAUUCGCUGGUUUUUCCACUGAAUUAGGUGAUUAUAAGGUUCUUAUAAGAGACAAUUAUGGUAAAUAUUUCUCUAAUGAUUCCGUGCCUAAUAUGGAAGUUGUUCCUGGUUGCGAUUCUUCAAAAACUAAGCACGUUUCAUUGACAGUUCCUGAUCAUGAAGUUUGGAGAGCUCGUGAUGUUUUUCAGUCAAUCUUAGCCGAUUCUAUUCAAAGCGCCAUUGCUGAGGUCGGUGAAACUAACGUCAAUCAAGCUUAUAAUCCUAGCUUUUUAACUUUGAGAAAUAUUCAUAAUUUCCCUCCUGGUAACUUUCACUAUAUUCAAAAGACGUUUAGUAGUACAGAAAGCUUCGAAUUUGACGUCAUUUACAAUAGUAUGGAUUCGAAAGAAAAUAUUAGAGGCCAAAAUGAAGUGAAUAAGUUAAUUGAUGAUUCAUUAAAUGAAGUAAGAAUUAAAUUUGAUAAGAAAUUCAAUAUUAACUCAAAGGACGAAGAAAAACAUAAAUUUGCCUUAGAAACAUUAUCCAAUCUGCUUGGUGGAAUUGGUUAUUUCCAUGGAAACCAAAUCAUUGACCGUGCUACUGUCUUUGAUGAAGACCAAUUCGAGCAAAUAAAACUGGAAAAUGGAGAGGAAGAAGGCCCAUUUAGUUUGUUUAGUACUGUGCCAAGUAGAGGUUUUUUCCCUCGUGGGUUCUACUGGGAUGCCGGUUUUGAAAUAUUACAAGUUAUGGAAUAUGACUUUGAUCUUGCAUUCGAAUUGAUUUCAAGCUGGUUUUCAAUGAUUGAUGAUGAUGGAUGGGUUGCGAGGGAAGUUAUUUUGGGCCCCGAAGCUAGAAGUAGAGUUCCUCCCGAGUUUGUCGUACAAAGUCCAAAUAUUGCCAAUCCACCAACUUUACUGCUGGCCUUCAGUGAAAUGUUAACGAGAGCUAUUGAAAACUUUGAUAGUUUGAAAUUUGAAAACAGUGACCUGUCUUCUGAAAGCCAUUAUUCCUUCCACUCUAGCACAAGUCAAUUGAAGACACAUCCUCACCUAUUGACAAGUUAUGGUGAGAAAAUCUACCCGAAGCUUCUUAAGCACUUCAACUGGUUUACUGAGUCUCAAAAGGGUUCUUUGGAGGACUAUUAUGAAGUAUUAGAAGAUCAAGAUAUGUUAGAUCAAAUACACAAGGAUACAAUCUAUCAUUGGGUUGGUCGUACCGUCACGCAUUGUCUACCAAGUGGCCUUGAUGAUUAUCCUAGGGCUCAACCCCCUGAUACUGCUGAAUUGAAUGUUGACACUUUAUCAUGGGUUGGUGUUAUGGCAAGAUCUAUGAAAAAGAUAGCGCAUGUGCUGAAAUUAGAAGAUGAUGAAAGCAAAUUCGAAAAAAUUGAACAAGAAGUUAUUGAAAACUUGGAUUUACUGCAUUGGAGUGAAGAACAUGGCUGCUAUUGUGAUGUUACGUUAGAUGACGAAUAUGAAGAUGACAUUCAGCUUGUUUGUCACGAGGGUUACGUCUCCUUGAUGCCAUUUGCCUUAAAAUUGAUACCAAACGAUCCGAAGAAGUUAAAUAAGUUGGUCUCCUUGAUGAGUGAUCCAGAAAAAAUCUUCUCAGAUUAUGGUUUAUUAUCUCUUUCUAAACAAGAUGAAUAUUUUGGAAAGGAUGAAAACUAUUGGAGAGGACCAAUCUGGAUGAAUAUAAACUAUCUGUGCUUAGACGCAUUGAAACAUUACUUCCCUGAAGUAAGAGAGCAUGCUGAAAACCUAGAGCAGAGUCAAGCAGGUCUUCUAUACACCAAAUUGAAGAAGAAUUUGAUCAACAACGUUUACAAUGUUUGGAAGAAUCAAGGAUCUGUGUACGAAAACUAUAGCCCGAUAGAUGGCAGGGGAACCGGUUCUUCCCAAUUCACCGGGUGGACCUCUCUGAUAGUUAAUCUUUUAGGUCACUUUUAA